GGGCAGUCAGUCACCACAUGGCAGUGUUCUGCUAAGGUCGCUCGUUGCUUGCGGUGCGGUGAUUCGGAGCGUGGGUGUAACUCGGUGCGUGUGUGUGUGAGUGUGUGUGUGACGGAAGUGUUGUGGGAGUGCGCGCAGUGAUUGUGAGCAGCAAGUCCCAGUGCCUUUGGAUUACUUUGCACCAGGAUUACCACCGUCUUUGUGUGGCGGAGGGCAGCGGACGAUGCCGUGCUGAGCCCCAAGCCAUGCUGCAGCCCCGAGAGCGGUCACUUCAAGCCAUGUGGCUGUCGACUCUCCUCGUCCUUCUCUGCUCGGCAGGAGCUGCUUAUGGACAGUAUUUUAAUAAUGGAACCUCUAGAUUAACACCACCAAGAAAAGCAUAUCAACCACAUAAGUUACAUCCAUGUGAUCAAAGCUCAUGUUACCCUGCUACGGGAAACUUGCUGAUUGGUCGAGAGAACAAACUCCAUGCAUCAUCCACUUGUGGUCUACAAAAUAGAGAACGGUUUUGUAUUGUAUCGCAUUUGCAAGAUAAUAAAAAAUGCUUCUUGUGUGACUCCAGACCGAUUAAUGAUAAUAUUCCUCAAAAAAGUCACACAGUCAAAAAUCUAAUUUACAAAGAUAGUCCUAGUCCUGGCUCAAGGACAAGAUCAUGGUGGCAGGCGGAGAGUGGCAAAGAAAAUGUCUCCAUCACUUUAGAUCUGGAAGCUGAAUUCCACUUCACUCAUGUCAUUAUGACAUUCAGAACUUUCCGACCAGCUGCUAUGCUUAUUGAGAGAUCAUCUGAUUUUGGAAUAACCUGGCAGGUGUAUCGUUACUUUGCUGCCAACUGUGACCAGUCAUUCCCUGGGAUACCCAAGCAUAGUCCAACUUCUCUGUCUGAUGUGGUUUGUGAAUCUCGUUAUUCCAAAGUUGCUCCCUCCACAGAUGGUGAGGUAAUCUUCAGAGUCCUACCUCCCUCACUCAAAAUUGAUGAUCCCUAUUCUCAAGAAGUACAAAGUCUCCUCAAAAUGACCAACUUGAGAAUUAAUUUCACAAAGCUUCAUACACUUGGUGAUGAUCUUCUUGAUAAUAGACAAGAAAUUCAGGAAAAAUACUACUAUGCUAUCUAUGAGAUGAUUGUGCGAGGGUCCUGCUCUUGCUAUGGUCAUGCUUCUCGCUGCUUGCCACUGGAAGGAGAGACUCCCAGACCAGAUAUGGUCUAUGGUCGAUGUGACUGCACACAUCAUACUCGUGGCUUAAAUUGUGAUCUUUGUGAAGAAUUUUACAAUGAUUUACCAUGGAAGCCUGCUAUUGGCAAACAGAGUAAUGCUUGUAAAAAAUGCGAAUGUCACAACCACGCAACAUCUUGCCACUUUGAUAACGCUGUUUACGAACAAACUGGUCGUAUUAGUGGUGGAGUGUGUGAUGGGUGUGCACACAAUACAAUGGGCCGAAAUUGCGAACGGUGCAUAGACUAUUUCUAUCAUGACCCGCAAUACGACUUCAGUCACCCUGAUGCUUGCCAGCCUUGUGACUGCGACCCCAGAGGCUCAGUGGACGAAGCCAUUUGUGAGCAUCGGUCCAACCCUGAAAUUGGUGUGGAAGCUGGCAAGUGUCACUGCAAAGCAAAUGUUGAUGGACGUCGGUGCGAUCGAUGCAGAAAUGGAUUCUGGAACUUCAAUGAAACUAAUCCGGAUGGUUGUGAAGCUUGCACCUGCCACACAUUAGGAACUGUAGACAAUCAAGGAUGUGACAUGGAGACAGGAGAGUGUACUUGCAAGAGGAAUGUUCGUGGUAGGGACUGCAACCAGUGUCGUCCUGAACACUAUGGACUAUCUGAAGAUGUCGAUGGUUGCAAGGCCUGCGAUUGUGAUCCUGGUGGUGCAUACGAUAACAAUUGUGAUGUACUUACUGGGCAGUGCCGAUGCCGUCCUCAUGUGGCAGGCCGGCAGUGCAACCAGCCUGAUCAGGCGUUCUACACUGGUUUGAUGGACUACAAUGUUAAAGAAGCAGAAAAUGCUUUUGGCAGUGAUGACGCUAAGGUAACCACCCGUGAGCCUAGCCCAGAUGGAUUGGAUGAUUCAUUCACUGGUAUUGGGUUUAUGAGAGUAUUUGAAAAUUCAGAACUUGAUUUCACUAUUGACGAUAUCAGGACCAGUAUGGACUAUGACAUUGUAAUUCGUUAUGAGCCACAGUUGCCGAAUGGUUGGGAAGAUGUCAGAGUGACUGUUGAACGUGAUGGACCAAUUGACCAAAAUGGACCUUGUGCCAAUACUCUGCCAGAAGAUGAUUCUAAGCUCGUCUCUUUAUCAGCAGGGGAUAGAAGUGCAGUUGUGAGGCCUCCAGCUUGUUUGGAAGCAGGCAAGACAUACCAUAUUAAAUUGUCUUUCAAAAAGUAUGACAAAACAAGUGAUACACCUACUGCAUCCAUUCUUGUUGACUCUAUUGCAUUGGUACCUCGUCCAGAGAACAUUCCAUUCUUCCAAGAUAAACCGGAAAAUAUCAGAGCCAGGGACGAAUUUGAGAGAUACAGGUGUGCCGAUUACUUCAGGACCCCUAUGCGUGGAAUCUCAGUACCAGAAAUAUGCAAGAGAUUCUACAACAGUAUUGGUUUCUAUGUUCAAAACGGAGCUCAUUCUUGUGAGUGUGAUCCAACGGGUGCUCUGAGUACUAUUUGUAACACACUUGGUGGGCAGUGUGAAUGUAAACCAAAUGUUGCUGGAAGAAGAUGUGAUCGGUGCCAAGUUGGAACGUACGGAUUUGGACCAGACGGAUGCAGAGCCUGUGACUGUAACUCGAUUGGAUCCUUGGACAACGUCUGUGAGAACACAGGGCAGUGCAAAUGUCGUCCAAAUAUGUAUGGCAGGGAUUGUGGCCAGUGUCAGCCUGGUUUUUGGAACUUCCCCAACUGUCUGCGAUGCCAGUGUAACGGAUAUGCAGAUACUUGUGACCUAUUUACUGGUGCUUGUAUUGACUGUCGUAACAACACCAAUGGCACAUAUUGCGACAGAUGUAACGUGGGAUAUUAUGGAGAUCCCCGCUUAGGAAGAGACAUUCCAUGCCGUCCAUGCCCUUGUCCAGACACUCAAGAAUCUGGCCAUUCUUUUGCAAAUGAAUGUUCCCUGAAUCCCCACACCCAGGAUGUGGAUUGUGAAUGUCAAGAGGGAUAUGCAGGUUCUAGGUGUGAUGUUUGUGCGGAUAACUACUUUGGAAGCCCAGAUCAACCUGGUGGCAAUUGCUCUCCUUGCAACUGCAGCAAUAAUGUUGAUGUAUCACAUCCAGGAAAUUGUGAUCCUCGCACUGGGAAAUGUCUUGCUUGUUUGUUUGAUACAGAAGGUUUCAAUUGUGAAAUCUGCAAAGCUGGAUUUUAUGGAGAUGCUGUGAACAAGCAAUGCACUUCCUGUGUUUGCAAUGUGCUUGGGACAAACCAGACCCAUGGACACUGCGACCGCAACACCGGUCAGUGUCCUUGUCUGCCAAAUGUAAUUGGUCAGUCUUGUGAUGAGUGUAGGCCCAACCAUUGGAAGAUUGCUAGUGGGCAAGGUUGCGAAGCUUGUGAUUGUGACCCCACAGGUUCUGAUGAAACACAGUGUAAUCCUUUUGAUGGACAGUGUAAAUGUAAACCUGGGUAUGGUGGCCGAAAGUGUGACCAAUGUGAAUCCAAUUCCUGGGGUAACCCUAAUGUGGAGUGCCAUCCCUGUCAAUGUAAUCCUCAGGGAGCUGCUACAAUGCAAUGUCAUCAGAACAACGGAAGCUGUAUCUGCAUGCCAGGCAUUGGUGGCUACAACUGCGACGAGUGUGCCCGUGGCUAUUUAGGGAACGUCCCUUACUGCCGAGAGUGUGGAGAGUGUUUCAAUAACUGGGACCGCGUGUUGGAUGAGUUAAAGGUACAAACAACUGACGUCCUUAAGUCUGCUUCUGAAAUCAGACUAAAGGGUGCCACUGGGGCAUACUCUCAUCAGUUCGACACAAUGCUCCAAAAGAUUGAUGAGGUGCAGAAAGUACUGCAUGAGACAAAGAUCUCUGCCAAUCAGCUUGAAGACAUUCAAUCUUUAAUGAAUCUCCUCCGCAAAAACCUUAAUCAAUCAGUCGAUGCAUUGGCUGAAGUUGAGCACCUUGGAAGUAACACCAAUCAGCGAAUCCUUGUGGCUAAUCUGACUCUAGAUGAUCUUCGGGUUAAACUUGACUUGCUAAGUAGCACAGCUAAGGGCCUCCAUGAUAAUGCAACUCAGCUGCAAGAGUCUAAUGUUGAAGGUGCUUUGAAUUUGACCCGGCAAGCGUCUCAUAGAUCUCGCCAAGCACAGCAAGAUGCAGAACGUACUAAAGAUCUUUCAGCUGAAGCAGAAAAACUGUGUAAGCGUACGGAAAAUAUGGUAGGGAAAAAUUCUGAUCGGUAUCAGCAGAUUCAGGAGGACAAUAGUAGAGAACUUGAAAAUUUGUCUGAAAAGUUAGCCAAACUUGAGGACAUGGUCCCUGACCUCAACAAACAGGUUUGUGGCAAAAGUGACACUCAAUCAGAGGAUAACUGCGACAUACUCUGUGGCGGAGCAGGAUGUGGCUCUUGUGGUGGUCUUUCCUGUGAAAACGGUGCUUCUCGCAAAGCUGAACAAGCUUUGGGUUAUGCUCAAGAUGCUGACAAACAAAUUAGAGACAAAGACGCGAAGGCUGAGGAGCUUUUCCAAGGGGUGUCAGCUGCUCAUCAAGAGACCGAACAGGCAAAUCGUUUAGUGAAAGAGGCUCUGGAACAGGCGCAAAGAGCUAAGAAUACUUCUGAAGUCAGCCUGAAUGAGAGUACAUCUCUAGCAAAGCAACUUGAAGAAUUCCUCAACAGCGAUUAUGCUACACCAAAUGACAUCAGCACAAGAGCGUCUGAAACAAUGAGGCUAGAUAUUGGACUUGAACCAGUGCAGAUCACUCAGCUUGCUGACAACAUAAACAAGACCAUUGCCUCACUUACGAAUAUUGAUAGCAUUUUAAGUGAGACCCGGGAAGACUUGAACGCUGCCUUAGUUCUAAAGAUCAAAGCUUCUGAUGCCAAGAGGGAGGCAACAGAGGUUUUAGGCACAGCCGAAAAUGUUGUGCAAGCACUGGAUGAAGCCCGCAUUGCCCAAGAAAAAGCUGAGGAGGCAAUUCAGAAGGCAAAUGAUGAUAUUGCAGCUGCUGACAAGGAUCUUGUUCAGAUUGCCAGUGAAACUACUGAAGCCCAGCAGAAGGCCAACGAAACUCUGAAUGAUGUUGGCAAGCUGCAAUCAAGAGUCCGUGACCUCCAGACUCGUUUCCUGAAGAACUCUCGUGACGUGGGAGAGUUGAAGGCAGAGGCAGACAGUGUGGUUCGGGACGGCACCACAGCCAAGGAGGGUGCUGCGAAGCUCCGUGCUAAGUACGACACAGCCUCAACUAGGCUGGAAGACCGCUCCAAAUUGUCAAACAGUGCAAGACAAAGAGCCCAGAGAAUCCUGAAUGAGGCAUCCACCCUCUCCAUUACCACCAAUGGGAAGCUGAAGAAACUCCAAGAUAUGGCUGAAGUCUAUGGAACUAAUGAGAGCCAACUAUCAGAUUUGACAAGUAGAUUAGCAGAGUUAAAUGAUAGAAUGAAUGAAUACCUAUUAUUCAUUAAAAAACAGGCAGAAUACUACAGUACUUGUUCAUUAUAGGAAAUAUCCGACAGGUGACUUGAAAGUAAGGAAGGAAUCACUUUUGUAUGGGGCCCAUGAAUGACCAGUACACACUUGGAUGUGCUUCUUAAUUAUGUCUUUGGUGCCAAACUGUUGUGAUUAUGUGUAUUUAUUGCAGCAAUUGCAGCAACCCUUGCACUCACUUGCAUUACUCGAUUUUAUGAGGAGAGGAUCCCUAGACGGCCCUUUGGCAUUUUUAUUUAGUUCCUAUGCAUCAAGUGAACAAAUGACUGAUAGUGUUCACUUCCUUUUCUAGUGCUGUUAUCUUCAAUGCAAGGCAGUAGCCUGAUACUUGUGGCUUAAGCUGAGCGAAUUUGGUUGAUCAAACUGUUUGACAAUUACUGAAAUUUCUUUUCAUGAGUAAUCAUGGAAAGACUGACAAAUGAAACUUAUCCAAAUACUGUAUUUCCAUUGACACUCCUAAAAUGUGUUUGAAAACAAGAUGACAGGUUCGACUUUCUUAGACAGAGUGCUUCUGGUGAAUAUGUACAAAUUUUGCACUAAUAUUGUUCUUUUUGGUUGAAUUUUAGGGUGUGAAGUAAAAUGUUUUUUAAUGAAUGUCUUGUACAGCCUUGACAUCCCUAAUCAUACGAACCAAUUCAAAAGGCACUUGUGCCAAAUCCUGUUUUUGUUUUGCUUUGUAAUUAUUCAAACAAUGUUAUUUAUUUAUUUCAAAACCAUAGCCUAUAUUUUGUGUCAUAUCACAAACUCCCAGUAUAAUUUUAAGACACCGCCAUACUUGUAGUUCUCCAAGGAAAUUGUGUCCUUUCCUUGCAACUGACUUAAAAUGUGCCUGUUUGUGUUUUGAUUUGUCUGUUUUUUACAUGGUAGUUUUUUGUUUAGGGUUAAAUAGUUUCUUUUGAUCAUAGUUGUAUAAAAUCACUGAAGUUUCUUAGCUGCCAUAUCGAUUUUUGUUAGGUGCAUUAGUUGAGGCAUAAUAUGUGUUAAUACUAGUCUUUAGUUGUUUCAUUCUUCUCUGGAUGCAUGUUGCUGUUUUAUUUUGAAAAUAAAUUAUAUGAUUAAGUCCUA